GACAUGCUGUGAUCUGUGACCUCUCUAAUGGAUUUUGUACUUUGGACACCAAGAAUCCUUCACAUAUUUACAGACGACUGAGAGGAACGCAGCAGUGCGUGCGGACUGUAAAUUCAUCAUGUUUCAUCUACAGAAUAUCGUUGCCUUCAUAAUAAUCUCUGCCUCUAUUUGUCAGGCUCAAGCUGGUGGUCAACGGGCAUCAUCAGAUACAGCUAAAGUCACAUUACAGCCGUGGCUGGUGGGACUGACAGCAGUUGUUGUUUUUCUCUUUAUUGUCUUUGUCCUCCUCAUCGUGAAAAGACUCUUUUUCAAGAAAGACAAAGAUGAGCUAGAAGAAGAAAGGCAUUCAUUUUAUGAAAACAAAGCAGCUGAUCUGGAGGCAAAUGAGGAGACCAAGCAGACCACUUUCUAAUGAGAAGAACAGAUGACCACAGUCCUGCAGCACACAAAUCUUUCUCUCUCUGGAAAUUAUGCCACAACUUUGUGCAGAGUAAUUAUAAUACUAUCUUAUGUAAUAUAUCUUUUUAACAUUAAUUUUGGUCUAAGUUUUGUUUUUGUCUUCAUAAGUGUUGUUCCUCACAUCAUCCACUAGAUGGAGCAGACUUCACCUAGUCACAGCUUUAAACUAAAGUUAAAAUAAAAAAAGGUUCCAAUAAAGUGGUACUCUCUCUCUCUCUCUCUGUCUCUUUUAAUUAAUUUAGAUUUUUUUGGCAUAUUCUCAAUACACGUUUUACUACUUUGCUGUAACUGUAACUUGGGUAGGGUUUAAACAUUCAUUAGGGUAGUGAGA